UUGUUGAGUUGAGCAGGCGCUGAACAAGGAAGGGAAAUCAGGUCAUUUUCACUUUAUUCAUUUCGACGGCCUUGAUACUGCAGCUAACGUAUGCUCCUUUUCGACGGCCUUGAUACUGCAGCUAACGUAUACUCCUUUUUGACGGCCUUGAUUCAUUUCGAGUACCAGAUAACGCAGUUGUUCAACUUAACGCAGGAGCUCGUCGCGUCAGAUAAAGAGGAGAAAAGUCGUUCCUGCCCUUGGUCUUAGUGACAUGGACGGGGGCUCUAUAUAAGGCAGGGCAAUCAAGUCACUUCGACCUGUCUCUCAAACUGCCACUGCUUCCCUCCAAUUUCCGAAGCCGAGCUCCUCAUCGUCUCGCUCUCUGCUACCCUGUUCGCAGCUCGGGCUCUCCAGUGGAGGCCAUGGAGGGGGAGCUCGGGUACCUCUCGCCUGCGGGGUCCUCCUGCGUCUCCACCGAGGGCUUCGGCUCGUCGCCGCGGGAGAAGCUGCUCGCCUUCACUCCCUCGUCGCGCGUAUCCGACGGCCACCGCAAGGGAGGCCUGCUCAGCUCGCCCACAUGGGGGUCAUCAUCGGCGGAGACGCAGCUCCACUCGCCCUCCUCGUGCGUCUCCGACGGCCGCUACGUCUCGCCGCUCCGCGUGUCGGCGGAGCAGGCGAGCGAGGUGCGCGAGGCGGAGAGGCUCCUGCGCGCGAUCGCCGACCGCUACGACGACUGCUUCCUGCGCCUGCGCGACGCCACGGCCGAGGCCGCUGACCUCCGCCUCGAGCGCCUCCGCCUCAGAGCGGAGAACAUGCACCUGUCCCUCCUCCUCGAGGAGCUCGAGGCCGAUCAGGGGAAGCGGGCGAUCGCGGCGGCUCCGACACUACCGCCGAAGCCGACGGAGGGGGUAGCAGCACGCGGGGGCGCGCCGAAGAGCAUUUCCAUCCGUUCCAAGUGCUACCUCUCGCAGGCAAAGCAGCCGCAGGGCGAGGCAGAGGCGCAGCGCCUCCAUGUUCGUCCGCCUCCUUCGAUCGAGCAGGCAGGGGAGGACGAGGCCAAGGGGGAUGGAGAAGUGGUCGAGCUGGAGGCGUACAGGCAGGGCACCAAGAAGACGGAGCUGUGCAACAAGUGGGAAGGCGGCGCCUGCUCCUACGGCAGCCGGUGCCGGUUCGCGCACGGCCUGCAGGACAUGCGCCCCGUCAUCCGCCACCCGCGCUACAAGACCCUACCCUGCCAGAUGUUUGCUGCCGCGUCUGGCUGCCCCUACGGCCACCGCUGCCACUUCCGUCACUCGCCAGCGCCCGCCGCCCAGUCCUACUAGUCCACCGCCGCGGCCACCAACACCAACUGCUCGUCGUCUCCUACUGCCGUGUAAUGGCACCCUCUCCUCCGACCUGCCUUCCUCCCCUCAUUGCCUACGCAUGCCUGAUGCCUUCACCAGGGACUGCUUGGGUUACGUGUCAUAGAAUCAGCAGUAGCACAUUGAGCUCAUUUAAUCAGCAGCUUAAAGUUUAAGAAACUUAAAAUCAGUAAUAGCUGUUUUUAGAAGAGUUAAAAUCUGUAGCUUAUAGUAGUAAAAUAAAGCGACCUGUUGGUUCAGGGAAGGAAAACAGUAGUGGCAGUGUCUAGCCAGUGAUGGGCCAAAUGGGCCGUGUAUGACUUGUGUGAGCUUUGGGGAAAAAAGCUACUACUCUUUUUUGGAUGGGUAUUGGACUAGGCCCGCAUUUAUAUGCCAAAGUGUUUUGUGGAUGGGUA